UGUUACAAGACGGAAGUUUCCUAAUCGCUGCUGAUAAAGUCGCUCGUGCCACCGAACCGGUAUUGGCCGACGCGACGUGUCACACGACGAAAAAGAAUAUCUCUCCCGGAUGCUCCUGCACGUCCCCGCGGGAGGCGUGAAUAUUGGGUGCAUAGAUGCGACGGCGCACAAAGCUGAGGCAUGAGUCCAUCGCCCGUCGCGGUGGUCGAAGGACUCGUGACCGGCUCUACAUCGCGCCCCACUCUGCCAAGGCUGGAUGAAAUCGGCUCGCGUUCUCCGCGAGUAUCUUAGUACCGCGACUCUGAACUUUUCCGACAUCCCACAGCCUCCAAUAUGGGUGUCAAACGACCGCAUGAAGGAGACGCAAAGUCUUCUCUCAAGAAACAAAAAAGUCGAUUUGCUAUCGGUCCUGCCAACCUACCCGAUGGUACCCAUAGACGGAAAAUCGAAAAGAUUAAGAAAGGCCUCAUCAACAAGGCAAAGCUGAAGAAGCAGUACGCAAAGCUCAAGGCUCGCGAAGAAAACGAAGCGACGACGCCGCGCAAGUCCGUCUACGAUCGCGAAUCUGCCUACGACAAUGAAGACGAGAACGAGAGUGAGAAAGAGGCGUCUACCGAGCCUGUACCAGAGCCCACUCUGGAGCCGCAUCCUGAUCGCGUCGCAAUGCUAGAAGAGAAGUCACCCGAGCCAGAACCCAGGCAGAACUUCGAGAGACGGCAGCGGCGACCACGCCCACAGCCCUUUCUGAAAGAGACCGAAGUAGCACAAAAAAAGAGGGAGGAGAUUGAGGCGCGGCAAAGAGCGAGGGAGGAAGCAGACAAGGAGCGUGCGAAGAAAGUCGCUGAGCGCGAGCGCUUCAGAAAAACUAUGGCCAAAGCGAGGGGGCCGAAUGGACAGAGGAAAUUGGGGCGAGAGAGUACAGUUCUGCUUGCUAAAGCACAGAGGCUUAUGGGCAAGACCUGAAGCAUCAGCAUGACAUAACGGGGAUGCUGUCAUCUUCACUUCACGGCGACGGGUAUACCUGCGUCAGCUGAAGCCAUUGCUAUAGCCACGCCAUUUUCAACUACGCGUGUCAAUCAGCACUAGAGACAUCUCUGCGACUUGCAACAACGGUAUCGAUCUGUCUUCUCUGGACCUGCUGCUGCCCUUUUGGCAGAUACAAAGUCCGGUCGGUCAAUGCCAUCGAACGCAUGCCGGGCGGUUACGACAAUGGCUAGGUUUUUGUCAUGCGCGCUCAUCUGGGGAAGCAGCGCACCACCCGGCGACUAAUAGACGGUACUCUCUCACAAACCGGAAGGCCCACAAUCAGAUUAGGUCAGG